CACAAAUUGGCAACGCCGCUUAAACGCCAUUUUCUGCAUAAUGUGCUAUUUCUGUUGAUCGUAACAAAUGCCGGAAAAGUCAUAAUUAGUAACGAAUUUAUAUUCAAUCUGAGGGGGAGGUCAAUUUCCCCAUUAUGGCAGGUAAUGGCGACAUUCAGUGGUGUUUUUCUCAGGUCAAAGGCACUCUUGAUGAUGAGAUAACGGAAGCGGAUAUAAUAUCUUGCGUUGAAUUCAACCAUGAUGGUAAUCUCUUGGCUACUGGUGACAAAGGUGGCAGAGUUGUUAUAUUUCAGCGAGAUCCCUUGUCUAAGUUAUCUGUUCCAAAGCGAGGUGAAUACAAUGUGUAUAGUACUUUUCAAAGCCAUGAGCCUGAAUUUGACUAUCUAAAAAGUUUGGAAAUUGAGGAAAAAAUCAACAAAAUUAGAUGGUUAAAGAGAAAAAAUCCUGCUCACUUUCUUCUUUCCACUAAUGACAAAACUAUAAAGCUCUGGAAGGUUUCAGAAAGGGACAAAAGGAUUGACGGUUACAACUUAAAAGAUGAUGCUGGUCAUUUGAAAGAUCCUCUUUCUGUUACUAGCUUACGGGUUCCGAUUGUGAGACCUAUGGAGCUAAUGGUUGAAGCCAGCCCUAGAAGGAUUUUUGCUAAUGCCCAUACAUACCAUAUAAAUUCCAUUUCAGUAAAUAGUGAUCAGGAGACGUAUCUAUCUGCUGAUGACUUGCGCAUUAAUUUAUGGCAUCUAGAAAUCACUGACCAAAGUUUUAAUAUUGUUGAUAUUAAACCUACGAACAUGGAGGAAUUAACUGAAGUAAUAACUGCAGCAGAAUUCCAUCCUUCUCAGUGUAAUGAGUUUGUUUACAGUAGUAGCAAAGGAACAAUACGUUUAUGUGAUAUGCGAGCUGCAGCAUUAUGUGAUCAGCAUGCCAAAUUGUUUGAAGAGCCUGAAGAUCCCACAAAUAGGAGUUUCUUUUCUGAAAUUAUCUCAAGUAUAUCUGAUGUUAAAUUUAGUAACAAUGGACGUUAUAUUAUUUCUAGAGACUAUUUAUCUGUCAAAGUGUGGGACCUCAACAUGGAUACUAAACCAAUUGAGUGCUUCCAUGUACAUGAAUAUCUGAGAUCUAAACUGUGUAGUUUAUAUGAAAAUGAUUGCAUUUUUGAUAAGUUUGAGUGCUGCUGGAAUGGCUCAGAUGGGUACAUUAUGACUGGCUCAUAUAAUAACUUUUUUCGAGUUUUCGACCGACACACCAAGAGGGAUGUCACUCUCGAAGCUUCUAAAGAAAUUGCAAAACCUAAAACUGUUCUGAAACCUAGAAAAGUAUGCACAGGUGGUAAAAGGAAAAAGGAUGAAAUUAGUGUAGAUUGUUUGGACUUUGGUAGGAAAAUUCUGCACACAGCAUGGCAUCCUCAAGAAAAUAUCAUAGCUGUAGCUGCAACAAAUAAUUUAUACAUUUUUCAAGAAAAAUUGUAGUAGGUCAAGAAAAGCUUAUUGACUGGCAGAGAAGACUAUCUGUGGUGUGAAACACGAGCAUCCUGAACUGCAUGUGUGCCAUUUCUGAAUGAAGCAGAAGUUAUCUGCUCAGUACUAGUGCCACAAACAGAUAAAUGAUGCUAUUCAAACGAACUCCUCUAAUUUUAUUCAGAGAGUAUGAAUUUACUGAAAGAUCGAUCAACCGAGGCUCACUUCAGCUCUAAAUAUGGUUGUAUUGUCAGUACUCUUACUCAUAAUAACCUGUCAUUUUGAUUCAUUUUUGCGUUUCACCAAAACUGAAAGUCCCACAAAUUCGGGCAAUAAUGUGUGGGACGCCAGUAGGACGUCAAAAGUGUUUAAUUGACUUGUAUAUAUGAUAGUAGGCAGCAUUAUGCUGUAUAUUUUUGCUGCAAACCAUGGAAGAAACUUUUUGUUGCAUGCUUCUCAAAGACCUCAUUUUUCAUUGAAAGAAAAGGGGAAAAAAAAAAUCAGUAAAUGUAAAUUCUAUGAGUUACUGAUGAUAAGUGCAUAACAACUGCCUUUUUUACUUGAAAAUAAAAGGAUUCUCAGUGUUUACAUUGUUUAUGAAGUAUUCCUUUUGUACUGAAAUUUAUAAAUAUGAAAUUUCUAGUUCAUUAGAAAUGUUCUGUAAAACAUUGAAAACUUGUCGUAUCAUUUUCAUAAGACAAUUUUCAUAGCAUUGAACAGCAAAGUUUGUGCAGCUGUUAAAUAAUAUUUAUAUAAUUUGAAAGUUUAAAAUUGAGUCAGCAUUUCUUAAACUUGUAUACACCUAAAAGUCUGUAUGUUCUUCAAUAUAAAAUUAGUUUGAGAUAUUUUGUGAUAAGAUAUAUUAAUUGUUAUUCUUUUAAAAAGAAUCUGAAUUGAAAUAGAAUUUGCUGGGUAUGUUUUUAUAGGAAAUAUUGUCAUAGUUUUUUUUUAUUUGAGUGUAAUUACUAUUGUUAUUAUUUUUUUCAAGUGCGUUUCUAAUUAAAAACAGUAAUAAAGUCAGAGACUUAACUUUUUUUUUGCUUGUUUGAAAAUUAUUCUGUAUCAGUUAUCAUUUUGCAGGUGAUAUCUUCCUGCCUCUCAGGUAUCCACAAUGAGUCUGCCAUCCCCAAAAUAAAAUUUUAGAAUAUAAGUAAAAUUUCCUUUUCCUCGCUUUGGAUUUUUUUUUUUAAAAUUCAAUAUAUGUUUUAAAAUGUGACUUGAGAAUCUUUUAGUGUUUCGCUUAAUGUUCUAAUAUUUAUUUUAUAUUGUGUUUACAAUAAUUUAAAUCAAACAAAUAAAAUCAAAGUUAUUAGUGUUUGUUUACGUUUUGUUUUUAUUUCCCUGUGUACCAUUGAAAUUAUUUUUGCAUUAUAUUUUUAUCGUAUUAUAAUUUGAAAUGACUUGAAUCAAAUUAAAUUUUAUCAUUAUAACACAUUUUAAGUCAUUUAGCAGUGAGAGCUUUUUCUCCAUAGUAUAUGUGUUGUAUAUAACCCACUUUCUUUAGUGCCAAUCUACAUGUAUAUGAACAAUUUAGGUUAUUACAAAAUAGUCAUUGCAUGAUAAUGUGUUGCCUUAAUUUCUUUAUAAGUUGUUCAAUGCUAUGUUUGGCCCUUUAAUUUCAUGGCAUUUUUUUAAAAAAAUUUGAAACAUUUUGUUCAUAUUUGUAUUAAUUCUGUCCUAUUUAUUUAAAAAAUUGCUAAAAAUAAAAACUUAUGCAUUAAAAAGGUCUGUUGACAAUCAAAUCUGUGAAACGUGUGGCUUGUCUGUAUGUUUAGAAGCAUUUAGUCUUAAAUGCAAAAUUAUUAAGUCACAUUUUUUAUUUAUGCAUUAAUCAUGAAAAAUUAAAUGUAUAAUAAUGUUCUGUUUUAUGCCUGUUUUUGAAAAAUAUGCAUAUUGACUAUGAGGUAAAAUUUGCUUAAAUGAUAUAAAAUUUUUUUAGAUAUAUCAAAUUACAAAAAUGUAUGGCAGAGAUUUUAAAAGUGCUCUUUGAAGCUACUGUUAGAUAGGAUAAGGAUGACUUCAUUAUAUUUUUAAGACUAGAGAAUAAUGAAAUGUAUAUUUCAAUUAUUUUUCGAUUGAAGACAUUUCAUCUGUUGGAUUACACCCAGCAGUGUUUUUAUUUUUUGACCACAAAAAAUAUUAUAAAAUUUGUGCUGUAAAGUGUAAUAAUUAAAAUUAUUUACUGAAAUAAAAGACAAAGAUCUGCUGAUUUAUAAUUUUUUUUUUUAAAUCCUUGUUUAAGUGAUUAAAAUUUGGAAGUGAAUAAAAUGUCUCCAAGCAAUUAACAUUUUAAUGCAUUUUUGGAGUUAUUUUAUUAAUUUAUUUGUAACUGAUUAGGAGUUUGGUCUUUUGACAAAAAUCAUUUCUAAUUUUGUGCAUGAUGAAUUGGGGUAACAGAUUAAAUUAAAGAAAUAACACUUAUGGAAGUUUUUAAAAUUUAUGUGAGGUAGUGGUAAUUAUCCAGACAAACUGAGCCAAUCUUGAUUUUAAGAAAUAGUGACUUUUCAAGUACUUAGAAGUUUUACUAAAUGCAAAAUCUAAAAGAAUGCAAACUUGCACUCAUUAACCUUUUACAUGCAUGCACAUGAAAAAGAGGCAUGAAUAUACAGUGAUAAACCAAUUGGAUUGAAUGAAAUGAAGUAAACUGUAAUAUUCAAAUGUGAUACAUCAAUUUCUAAAAUAACAUUCAGCAUGGAAAGUAUGCAAAUAAAA